UGUCAGCGGUCCCUGGAAUGCUCUACUUGCAUGAUUGUGUCGCGUUGUUUGAUGGCAGCUGGCAAGACAUCUGGUGAAAAGAGCAUCCUUCGUCGUGCAUGACCUUUCCCUCGUCUCCAUAUCACCGUCCGUCGGCACGUCCCUCACAUGUCACGCUAAGGUGACUUCCAAGCAGUUUUUUCCACUUUUGCGCACAAUGUCGGAGCGGCACGAGAUGUACAUCGGGGACGCAGUGGCCAAGCGGACCGCCCAGGCUGUGCGUGAGGACAUAUGCAAACUAUCAGGUAGUCUAAUUAUGAGAAAGAGUGUCGCUCAUCUGUUUCAGUAGAGCCACGGCGGUCCAUGUCAUGUGCAGCAGGCUUUCAGGGAUUCAGAUUAGCUCCAGACUGAUCGCUCUCACAAACAGAUAGGGAGCGAGGGGCUGGUGGCAAUAGUCGUUACUAUACAGCCUAACAAUCUGGAUCUAUUUCAUUUUCUCCGCCAAGUCUCAAUGUCAUAAUGGACAGGUUGCACUCCUCCAUGCGUAAAAGGCUCUACAGCUUGCCACAGCACAUUGGACACAAAGCCUCUAUAAUGGGCGAAGGAGAAGACGCAGACAAGGACACCCGGAGGAAGAGUCUUAGGAUGAAGCCUCUACCGUCACCGUCGCCGACCUCUGGGGGAAGCUGCAAAGGCAUCGGGGAGACCAAAAGUGGGGAGUCUGUGAUCAUGGAGACGGACAUAGGGAGACCGAUGAAGACCAGCUCAAAUGGAGAUUGUCGGAGAUUUCGAGGCAGCCUCUCGUCCAUCACAAGUCGUCAUGUGCACGACUCUGACUCGGCGGAGGAGAGGCGCCUCAUCACCGAGGGGGAUGUCACCCCGAACGAGGAGAGCCCCCCCGGAGCCAUCGGUGAUGGGCCGCCGGAUCAAGGCGCGCAAGGGGCCAGCGGUGGCGGUGGCACCCAGAAAGAUUCCCCAGACCAGCAGUCAGGGUUUAUAAAGUUGGAUGGCAUUGAUCAAAUUCUGCCGGACGACGAGAGAUUAUAUCAAGCUGGGUUCAUGCACAGACAGUUUGGAGCAAUGCUUCAACCAGGGGUCAACAAGUUCUCCCUGAGGAUGUUUGGAAGUGAGAAGGCGGUUGAACGGGAACAAGAGCGGGUUAAAUCCGCCGGAUUUUGGAUAAUUCACCCGUACAGUGACUUCAGGUUUUACUGGGACUUGACCAUGCUGCUGCUGAUGGUGGGCAACCUCAUCAUCAUCCCCGUAGGCAUCACAUUCUUCAAGGACGAGCACACGCCCCCCUGGAUUGUGUUCAACGUGGUCUCCGACACCUUCUUCCUCAUGGACCUGGUCCUCAACUUCAGGACGGGUAUCGUCAAGGAGGACAACACAGAGAUCAUCCUGGAUCCGCAACAGAUCAAGAUCAAGUACUUGCGGAGCUGGUUUGUGGUAGACUUCAUCUCCUCCAUCCCUGUGGACUACAUCUUCCUCAUCGUGGAGACGCGCAUAGACUCCGAUUUCUACAAGACGGCGCGCGCCUUGCGGAUUGUCCGCUUCACUAAGAUCCUCAGCUUACUGCGACUCCUGCGCCUCUCUAGACUCAUUCGCUACAUCCACCAAUGGGAGGAGAUAUUCCACAUGACCUAUGACCUAGCCAGCGCCAUGGUGAGGAUAGUCAACCUGAUCGGCAUGAUGCUGCUGCUCUGUCACUGGGACGGCUGCCUGCAGUUCCUGGUGCCCAUGCUGCAGGACUUCCCCGCCGACUGCUGGGUGUCCAAAAAUAAGAUGGUGAACGACACAUGGGGACAGCAGUACUCCUACGCACUUUUCAAAGCUAUGAGCCACAUGCUGUGUAUUGGGUAUGGCAUGUACCCCCCGGUGGGCAUGACAGACGUGUGGCUGACCAUCCUCAGCAUGAUUGUGGGCGCUACCUGCUACGCCAUGUUUGUGGGCCACGCCACAGCUUUAAUCCAAUCCCUAGACUCAUCUCGACGGCAGUACCAAGAGAAGUACAAACAGGUGGAGCAGUACAUGUCCUUCCACAAGCUGCCGGCAGAUAUGAGGCAGAGAAUCCACGACUACUACGAGCACCGUUACCAAGGCAAGAUGUUCGACGAGGAGAGCAUCCUGGGAGAGCUCAACGAGCCGCUGCGAGAGGAAAUCAUCAACUUUAACUGUCGAAAGCUGGUGGCGUCCAUGCCUCUGUUUGCCAACGCUGACCCCAACUUUGUCACCUCCAUGCUCACCAAACUGAAGUUUGAGGUGUUCCAGCCUGGGGAUUAUAUCAUCAGGGAGGGCACCAUUGGCAAAAAAAUGUACUUCAUACAGCAUGGGGUUGUCAGUGUACUAACCAAAGGCAAUAAAGAGACCAAGCUGUCAGAUGGCUCCUACUUUGGAGAGAUUUGUUUGCUGACUCGGGGCAGAAGGACAGCCAGUGUACGAGCGGACACGUACUGUCGCCUGUACUCACUGUCUGUGGACAACUUCAAUGAGGUGCUGGAGGAGUAUCCUAUGAUGAGAAGGGCCUUCGAGACUGUUGCCCUGGACAGGCUGGACCGUAUUGGUAAGAAGAACUCCAUCCUGCAGCACAAGGUACAACACGACCUCAGCUCUGGUGUACUGAACUACCAGGAGAAUGAGAUCAUCCAGCAGAUUGUGCAGCAUGACAGGGACAUGGCCCACUGCGCCCACCUCUUGCAGAACGUCCCACCACAGACACCUCCCUCGCCCACUCCUGUCAUCUGGGCCCCACUCAUCCAGGCCCCUCUCCAGGCAGCAGCUGCCACCACCUCAGUAGCCAUUGCCUUGACACACCAUCCCCACCUUCCACCAACUCUCUUCAGGCCUCCGGUUUCUCUUCUGGGGUCCCUAAAGGACCCUCCAGGCAGGCUUAAGAAGUUCCACACAUUUGUUCCUUCAUCCACAGCACCUGGCUCUGCUGGUGACUCUCCCUCUAGCACACCCUCUAAACUGCACAGUGGGGUGGACAUGCCAUUGCUGGCCUCUUUUCGGGCCCUGCAUAUGACGUCAGGUACAGGUGCAGCUGGCUCUAGCCAACAGGCCUCAGGUAGCGGAGGCCAGCGUGGACCAAGUGGGGCUGGGUCCAGUGGUGGAGGGGCCUCUGCCUUCCCCUUCGGACCUUUCUCUUCCUCUGGUUCACCCUCAUCUAGUAUGGCCCAGCUACACCCACAACCACAGCACCAACAGCCAUUUCGCUCCAGCACGCCACCUCUUUCAAACCUCUUCCACCAAGGAUCGAUAGGUGGGAGCACAGGGUCAGGAAUAAGUGGAGGGGCAGUUGGGGCCUGUGGUGGUGCUACAGGGUGGUCUUCAGGUGGAGCAGUCGGAGGGUCUGUGGAAGGAGCUACGGGAGGAGAGCCUGCUUGGGUUGGAGAGGACUUUACAACUGGAACAAAAGGGCCACUGCCUGGGGGGCACUUUGGGUUGGGAGGAACUUCAGGUGGAUCAGUGGUAGAGAUCUCAGGGGAAUCUAUAGGAGGAAUAUCUGAAGGAUCAGUGGGUGGUGCUUGUGGUAGGUUAGCAGGUGGGGCAUCAGGUGGAUCAGUGGGAGGCUUUACCUGUGGGACAAUAGGAGAUGCAGCCAGGAGAUCAAUGGGAGGGACUUCUAGAGGGUCAAUAAAAAGAGCCUCUGGGGGAUCAUUUGGAGGGGCUUCUGGAGAGUCACUAGUAGUGACGACCACUGGAGGAUCAGUAGGGAAGCCUUCUGGUGGCUCAUGUGGAGUGGCUUCUGGAGGACCAACAGCCUCUGGGGGAUCACUCGGAGGGGGUUCUGGUGAUUCUGGUUCUGGAGGAUUGUUGGGAAGGGUUUCUAGUGGAUCAACAACUAGCCAUAUAGGAGGAGGUUCAAGUGGGCCAGGGGGAGGGGUGAUAGGAGGACAUGUUGGCCGAGCAUCAGGAGGGACAGUAGGGAGCCAUAUAGGAGGGUCUACAGCAUGUCCUGUAGGAGGGGCUUCUGCUGGAAUUACAGCUGGACUUCUUAGUUCCUCCCGUUGUCAGAGUCCUAUAUCUAGUGGCUCAUCAAGCCCAAUGCCUGGUCAGCUUCUCCAUAGCCAGCCACCUCCUAAACCUCCUCAGGUGGCUCCUUUGCAGCAGUUUGCUGGGGGAGGCAGGACUACCAGUGGCUUAAACCUCUUCCAUUCCCCUCCACAUGGCUCCCCAUCCUCUAGCAGACGACAGCACAGCCAGCAGCCCGCUGAGGGCUCCCCAUCUUCCCUCAGCCAUUUUAGCCUGGCAGGCCUCCAGUCUGGCUUACUGCCUCACCAGAUGUCCCUGGAGAGGUCUGCCCUGGCCUCCUUGGCCCAGUAUGGUUCAGCAAACGCCUCCCCCUGCCUUACCCCAGUGGCGCCCAGCCCUACCAUCCAAAGCCCAGUGGCGGCCAGGACUUUUCAAUACAGCGACCCCUCGAGUGCCACAGGAUCCCACAGUUCUCUGCUCAUGCCUCAGUCUUCUCUCCCUUCACAGCUUCCCAGCCAGCCACACACAACAGGGAGAGAUUCUCCACUGGGCUGCUUUUCCGAGGACCUAAAGCUUUUAUCCAGCUCGCACCCAUCUCUGCCCCAGGCCGUAGGCCACCAUACAGCUCACCCCUCUGUGGAAACUGGAUAUUUCCCCUCACCCUUUUCUUCACCCACUCUUGUGCCCAAACCCUGUAGCUCAGUGCCAGGGAGCAUGACUCCUCCAAUCCAGAUGUCUCCGGGGCACCCUCGCCAGACUCAGUCCCCUGGGGCCUCCCCGGCCUUGCCUCUACGGAGGGCCUCUGCUGCCUACUCGUCAGAUCUAGAACCUCAAACUGUCCGCUCCAAACUCCCUUCCAAUUUGUGAGGAUUAAUCACACCCUCCUGUGCUCCUCCGAACUGAAACACACACAAACUAUCUCAGUGUGUGGCGUUGUUUUCUUUCUGUCUUCAGACUUCACUGUGUUCCACCUCUCAUUUUACCAAGAUCUUAAAAAUUACUGUGAUUUAAAAGACACUUUACCGGGUAACUCGGAGCUCUAGAAUACUCUCUAUUUGUUUUAUGCUUUGUCCUCUUUUUUAUUCAUACAUACUGUACAUAGAUAGAUAUAUAUUUAAAUGAUAAGUUAAUCAAGGGACUAGGAGGGUGUGAAAAAGAUCUCCAUUUUAAGGACAGUCAUUUAUUUUAUUUCUAUAACUAUGCCAAAUUCAUCUGGUGAUGUUUGGGAAGACAAUUCAAUGGACUACUCAAUAAUAUUCUUUUUCUGCAGGAACCUAUGCACUAAUACCUGCAUGUAUAAAUUGCUUUUUGUGUGUUUCAAAAAAAUUAUCUACAUUUUUAGCUAAAACAACAUGCUUCGAGAUAGGCUGACUCUUGUACCAACUCAUACAGGAUCACAUAUUGUUGAUCCAUAAAUGUAUCUAUUAGAUUGUACUUAUUUAUCCUCUGUAUAAACUUUUCAAAACCUAAUGAGAGAUGGAGAAGAGAUUUUAGGAAACCAAAAAGAC